UGUCGUCCAUUCCCCUCUGGCACGUUCAAAAGCAUAAGAAGUAGGGCUUCUUUACCGGGUCAUCUAAGUUUCUCCCUCACGACUUCUCCCUCACACCCGGAGCAUCGGCUCCUUACUUCGGCUUGCCAGUCCCGCAACCUCGCCUCUAUAGUUUCCAUUCACGCAAUCACGACAAUGACACGCUUGAUCUCGUUGACGACCUCUUUGGUGCUCCUCGCUACUGUCUUGCUCAGCAACGAAGCCCGAGGCAAAGGUCAGCCUCACCACCAGCACCUCGCAGCUCGAAAGGCUGACGAUGCAUUCAACAAGCAGUACCUACAACAGAAUUACCAAAAUGGAGAUGCAGCUCCGGGUGCCAAGGAUGGAGACAGUCCCGGUCAGACGGUCAUUAUUAAUGGCAACGGCGGCAGGGACAAGAACAGUCAACGUCCAGAGUGCCCAACGGUCUUUAUCGGCACUGCCAACGUCAAUGGCUCGCCUACAGCCGGCUGGCAAGGUCUUCCUCAAAUUGUUGGGUUCGACUUGGAUCGCAAGCUGAACGUCGGAGGUGGUGUGCAGCCCGUGUACAUUGAGUCGAACAAAGACUUCAAGAAGGCAAAGCGUGUCGUUCUGGUUCAGCCCGGUCUGCCUCGCGAUUCGUGGAGCUACGUCAACAUCAUGCGAAACAGCUUGCUCUGCGCCGUUUCCAGAGCAGACAUGGAUGUGACGCUGCCAGACGUCAUCGUAGCUGCGCCUGCUUGGUUGUCGGAAGACGACAAGAAUGCAGGCGCCGCUCAGGAUGGCGACAUCUACUUCUCCAGCGGUGGAUGGGCUGUCGGAAGCCAAAGUAGAGGACCUGGAUCUACCUCGGUCUCCAGCAUGGAAGUCUUGGACCGAGUGAUCGACAGGUUCUUUAGCAGCGAAUUUCCCAAUGUCGCUUCCGUCAUUGUUGCCGGACACUCACUCGGAGCGUCUCUGACGCAAAGAUACGCUGUACUUCGCCGACCUAGUGCGCAAGACACUUCAGUGUCGUACUGGGUCGGAAACCCAGGCUCCUACGUCUGGCCCGUCGACAGCACCCCUAUACAGGCGGCAGCGGGCUGCACUGGCGUGCAGGACUGGUCCUACUCCAUCGACAAUGGAGUCCCAGCUUACCGUUCUGCUGACGCUAAGAAGGACAAGAACGCUGUCCUGCAGCAGUACUUCUCGCGCAAGGUGCAAUACGCGUUGGGACUCACGGACCAGGAGGGAGGCGACACUCACUGCGAAGCUGCGACGCAGGGAAGCAGCCAUUUGCAGAGAGGCCAGAAUCUUGAGAAGGCGCUUGAUGGUCUUUCAGGUGGCAAGCCCCAGUCCCACACCUUCAAUUACGUCGCUGACACUGCGCACGAGGAUUACCUGAUGAUGACGGCACCCGAGAGCCAGAAGUUCCUCUUUGUGGAUGGGCUGAGUGCGCAGAGAGCACAGAACGUGAGCGACUCUAGUAGUAGCAGCGGUUCCUCUUCCUCCUCCACCACGACCUCCUCCUCCGGCUCUUCUGGGAACUCUUCUGGCGGUGGAAGCGGCACUGGCUCCUCUGGGGCUCUCCCUACUAUCCUCGCCAAGCCCCUCAAUGCAGUUGCGCUUGGUUGCCUCGCUCUGACGAUCGUCCUUGCCCUCUAAUCUACUUCCUCCUCCUCUUCGAUCAAUCUUAUUUGCGCCACGGCUUGGAAUGCACUCACUCUCACCAUGGACUCGCUAUCGAUCGGACCAGCUCAAAGGAUCCGCUCCACCACGCAGACAUUCUCG